AACAUUGGACCACAUCAUAGCAUCAUCACUUAUCAAAUGACAAAUGAAAUCUCAUUCAAGAAGCACUCUUCAAAGCAGCAGCCAAAAACAUCAAAAAAUAUAAAGAAUCCCACCAAAAGCCAAAACCAUCAAGAUCACAAACAAAAAUCUUUCAUUGACUAA